AUGGGAAAUUGUUUCAGCGGCAACAAAAGUAACACAGCUAACUUGCGCGAACUCUUUCAUCGCCCCGACGAGGUGCAGCCGAAUUUGACAGCCAAAGAAAUAACCGCUGCUCUCGAAGUAGUCGCAAAGGAACUUUCAAAGCGAAAGCAGUCCGUAACUAUCGUUGCUGUCGGUGGGGCCAUCAACACCGUGCUCCUCAAAACCCGCGCGUCAACGGCAGAUGUCGAUUUUUUCGGCGUAGAUAAAAGGCUCCCUCCCGGCUUCAACGACGCGAUUAAAGCAGCCGUCAAAUCCGUAGGCAUCAACGAAGGCUGGCUGAACAACCACACCGCUCUCUUUAUCGGUAACGAUCGAAUCAACUCGCUCUUCACGGAAGCCGUGAACGACAACAUCAUCAUUUUCAAGAAACCCGGUCUUACUGUUUUAGCUGCACCGUGGAGAUAUUGCCUUGUGGCUAAAUUGGAUAAAGCUGGAAAGUCAGGUGCAAAGGCGUAUGAUAUUGACGAUGCGGCGGCGUACCUGCACGAGCUGGUUAAACAAACCUCUGGGCCUGUGACGAAAGCAAAGUUACAGAUGUGGGCGAAGGAGUUCAAUGUUAGCGUGUCAGAAGGUUCUGUUAGUAGUACGGAACGGCAGGAGUAA